CUUGUGGUGCUCAAAUUAUAUCUGCCUCUUGGGUAGAAUUUGAUAAACCACAGCUUGUAGGAGGAGGAGGAGCAAUUUGUUACUAUAAAAAUUUAGAUCGAUAUACAUAUCUCAAUCUUACAGUUAGUGCUCCUGAGGACCCACUAGCGCUCGGCAAUUUGGUAUUUAGUGAUGACAAUGGCCACCAUGAACAAAUUUUUGAUGGUUCUUACUGGGCUAAUGACGUAUUUUGUGGUAUUACUUUAAAGCCGAGUAGUACCACAUACACCUCCUUAUGGCCAAUUUAUAGUAGCAAUAAACCUAGCAAUGUAUGGGCUGAUGUUUGGGUUACAGUAUAUUGGGGAUGUAUAGUUAAAUCUCGUAUGAUGAAAUCUGGAUUUGGUUGUACUUCUGAAAAAUCACACUUACGG